AUGGCAACAACUACCGAAGAGCUGCAAAUCAGCCAGCUUCAGUUGGACUCUAUCGUCGCAUUUGAAUCCUUUGACCUCCCAACUUCCAACCAACGUAUUCUCGGAUCUCCGCAUCCUAAGAACACAGUUAUCCCACUUGCGCUGCGACCCACCAAGGCCGACGCCAAGGCAACGCUCGAUGCUGUGGUCGAAACAAUCAAGACUCUCCAAGAGAAAGACGGCAUUUUGACCAAGAAGCUCGCAACGCAUGGCACGCUGCUGUUUCGCGGUCUACCUAUCCACAAUGCAGAAGACUUCAGCAAAUUCGCGCAUGCCUUCGGUUACAAACCACACGAGAUUAUUGGCAUUGUAGUCGAUAGACCACUUCUUGCACCAAAUGUCGCGCCCGCCAACGAAGCGCCCAAGGAGGUCCUGAUAUAUAGCCACAACGAGUCACCGCAAGUACCACAUGCGCCCGAGUAUAUCUUUUUCUAUGGGCAUCAUGCACCGUCCAAGGGCGGCGAAUCACCGAUCUCUUCUUCGUUGGAACUGUUCAACCGCGCACAGCAAGAAAUCCCAGAAUUUAUCGCUGAACUAGCAGAGAAAGGAGUUCUAAGCAAAGUGACCUACCGAGUGGAGCAGCAGUAUGAAGGGGGAUCCACACUCAAACAGGCCUUUGGCAAGGAAAUUCAAGACGGUGACGACGAAGAGACAAAACGCCGCAAGAUCGAGGCUCAAAUUGCCCGCUACGGCAGAGGGGAGCAUACAACAUGGGAGUGGACUGAUGAUGGCCUUGUCUUGACGCACCGGCUACCGGUCAUUCGAACGCAGCCCGGUACAAAUCUACCGACUCUUUUUACUGGGCUGGCAGCCUAUUGGAAACGUACACAGUUUGACACCGAAGCGCGCACGAAGGUCACGCAACAGCUCUUUGGGGAUGGGACGCCUAUUCCUGACAAGUAUCUUGCACACCUGGCGAAGAUCACGGAUGAGAUUCGGGUCUUGCAUCGUUGGCAGGAGGGUGAUGUGUUGGUUUAUGAUAACAUCAUUGCUCAACAUGGUAGAGAGCCAUGGCAAGGGGAGCAAUCUGAUCGAGUGAUUAUGGCAAGUCUAUUUGAUGGUGAAAGCGUGCCGGGGGCUUAUGGAUUUGGGGAUUGGGCGCAAGUUGUGCAAGCACUCGAUUGA